GUUUGAUUUUUACCCUCAGGUGUGCAGCAGCGCUCGUCCACACGACGUAUUGGGGUUAGGGCUGCGGAACUUGAGAAACUUUCACUGCUUUUGUAUGAGUCAGAAACCCGAAAAACCGACACUAUCAGGUCAACGUAUCAAGACCAGGAAAAGAGAUGAAAAGGAGAAGUAUGACCCUUCAGGGUUUCGUGAUGCCAUACUGCAGGGUUUUGCAGAGGCUGGGUCUGACCUAGAUGCAGUGCACAAGUUCUUGGAUGCAGCCGGCUCUAAGUUGGACUACCGCCGCUAUGGAGAGGUCAUCUUUGACAUUCUCCUGGCUGGCGGCAUCUUGGCACCCGGGGGUACCCUGAUCGUGGAUGUGGACUCGGCCAAGCCCUCGCAGACGGACACGUGCGUCUUUUCGGCCCCCAACAACAUGGAGGUGCUGAAGAACUAUGCCCAGCUGAUCACCAAGCUGAUCCGGCGUUACAAAUACCUGGAGAAGACGCUGGAGGAGGAGUUCAAGAAGGUGCUGAUGUUCCUGAAAGGGUUCAGCGCCGAGAACCGCCAGAAGCUGGCGCGGGUGUUGGCGGUGCUGAUAGCGGGGGGCCAAGUUCCCGCCUCGGUGCUGCAGAGUGCCCUGCAGGACCCAUUGGAAGGAGGCCUGGCCCUGCAGGCCUGAGGACGUGCUCCAGACCGGUGGCGCGGGACCCGUCCCCUGUGCACAGUGCUGCGCAAGGCGGGAUUCGACUCGCGUCUCAUGGAGUUCUUUCCUGUGAGCAAGAGGAGUCCGGAAAACUUCACAGCCACGUUCAAGGCACAUGGCAUCUCUCAGCUGCUGGACUACCAGAAAGCACAGGAGGCAUCGAGUGUCAAGAAGGAUCUCCAGCAGCAGGUCAGCAACAUGCUCAAGAACGAAGUACCAGUCAAGGAGAUCAUUCAGAGUGUGAAGGAAUACAUGACCAAGUACUCACUGCCCGAACACGAUGUGGCUGUGCUGCUGUGGACAACUCAGAUGUCUGGCAUGGAUUGGAACAAGAAGGAAGAGCUAGUGGCGGACCAAGCAUUGAAGCAUCUGAAGCAGUACACUCCUCUGCUGGAAGCUUUCACGACCACUCCACGUGCGGAGGUAGCGCUGCUGGUCAAAGUCCAGGAGUUUUGCUACGACAACAUGAACUUCAUGAAGGUGUUCCAGAAGAUUGUUAUUCUCUUCUACAAGACGGAUGUGCUCAGUGAGGACUCUAUCCUCAAGUGGUACAAGGGCGCCCACUCACCCAAGGGCAAGAGCGUGUUCCUCGAUCAAAUGAAACGCUUCGUCGAGUGGCUCCAGAAUGCCGAGGAAGAGUCUGAGGGGGAGGACUAAAAGGUGUACCUUGCAUGUGGCAAAGCCCAGCGAUGUUCUUUACUGCAACCCUGCCAGUCAAGCACAAA